GACAAACACCCGUGUCCCAAACGACUCUUAACUGAUCGUUACAACAAAAGUAGUUUAUAAACUUUAAGACUUCACAAUUACGCUGCCUGCCACAUUGAACGCGCAGCCAACACUUUCAAAGUACAAAACAAGGAACUUACACAAUCCGUCCUUGAUAACAAUGAAACAUCUGGUUACUCCUAGCACGUUCCGUUUACGAGACACUCGUAUGGCAAAGAAAAUAUAUUAAAAAUUCUAAACACUUCAAUAAGUACAUGUAAUUUUAUAAAACUAAGACACUGACCUUAUUUCGACGCCUAUAAUACAAUAUUUGAACUUUGAUUGUAAUCGGUCUCGCUAGAUGUCAGUAGAAACGAUGUAAUUUAAACAGUUGAGGUCACACGUCCGCCUGUCCUUCACGUUAUUAGCACGUAAGUUAUUGAUUUGCACAUUAAAAUAUACAGGAUCUGAUGAUAUUAAUAAAUAUAUUGCAAAACUUCUGUGUGAUACUCCACCUAAUUAUAUGACGAUGUAGUUAAACGCCUGUGUAAAGUAAAGUUUGUUUUUUAAAUACUUGCAGAAUUGAAAACUUAUUCAUAACCUGAACAAAACACAAUUAAUAUUAUCAUAGCUUGAGGCUCUUGUUUUCCUUACGUAAUAACAUGAAACAAAGAAACUUGUUUUUCCGUGGGUUACGAUUCGAAUGGCUGAUAAUGAUGGAACAAUACAUGAUCACUACUCGGUGCAAGAGUGGCGCAUCGCGGACAGAAACCGACAUUGUAAAUGAAAACUGUUUAUAAGUGCAAACCGUCUUCGUACUUUUCAAAAUGGCGUGUAGGCUGAGGUGGGCAAUACAAAUCUCGUGGUGAAUUUCGUUUUCACAAACGAGGCACUGGUACGACAGGAUCAUUACGAACUAGCGAUUCCAGUACGUACGCUGUAAAGGAAAUACCAACCUUUGGGUCAACCGAGAUAGGAAGACUUCGAUGAACCAAUAGCGCUUUUCAGUCCUUGCCAACUCCUCAUUCCUGAACCGUUACCUGCACCAUAAGCCACUCUUCCACCCACACGAUAUAACCCACGUUUACGAACUCGUUCUACUCGGCCCUGAAGCUGUAACUAACCUCAGCGUUGCACUAUUGUUGCGUAUUUUAGCGUUCCUUGCACGAACCUCAAAGCAGUUGAAAUGUCGUUGUUAAAUAUGGUAAGAAUCAGCCAGUCACUUGCAGUUUAUCGUAUCAUAUUAGCCCCUACAUAACGUGCGCUAUCAAUAAACUUAAAUAUUAUGAGUCAUCGCCCUGAUUACAUAAAUUUCAUUGAAAAUCUUCAAGGAAAGAAAUCAUUCUCUCUAGAAUGAGAAAAUAACUCCUUAUAGGACCGUCCAUGUCUCUCUGUCUCAUUUUCAGUGUGAAUCAAAGUCGUUAUUGGGUCACACAUCUGCAACAAUGACCUCACAUCACAUUAUUGCAACAGGGAUCUUAGAUACCAUUGUUACCUUUGGUAUCAUUGGUUCAUUUGUUAUUCCCUUGGUUGCCCUGCUGAUUUCAUAAUGUGGCGUGAGGAAUACCGCUGGUUUUUCAGUGGUAGAACUUCCAGUAAUCUCGCCUCUGCCCUCCUAAUAAGAUUUAGAAAUCUGUUCAUAUCUUCAGUGUCCUCAGAAUUACUGUCUUUCCUAGGUCUUGUGUCGUACUCCACAGAACUUGAUUUGAGUCUUGGGGUACAUGCUCAGACCCACGUUGCAACAUCAGUUUGGAUGUAAACGUCACUCGAGUAAUGUAUUCUUACAUUCAUGUUAACUACAAACAUUUUUCAUUCUCACAUGAAUUUCCACGAGGUUCCCUAAUUCCAGAAAAUCAACAUUAUAAGUGUUUUGUAGAAUUCCUUUUACCUUUUACAGGCAAGAUUCCACUUGUGGCCAUGUCUUUUUCAAGUUCCUCGUGGUAUUUGGAAAUGUCCAGAGGAUGCAUGGCAUCUGCAGCUAACAAAGCAGCUGGAAAUUCAGAAGUUCAGAAAUUGGUUGAAUUAUUCCUGGCGUGCUUAAUUAAGCAUUACGGUGUAUGGAAUUAGAUGUAUAGCUCCACACAUUCACAACCUUGUCACCAGAAUGCAGAACUGUAGUGCACAUUGACUUGGCCACGAGCAUCAAACUCCAAGGCUGCUUCUCUUUAUUAUAAUCUGUGGUGAUGGGCGCCCAUGAGUUUAAUAAUCUGUGAUAUCCACUAAUAUUGAAAAUGGCUGCUUUAGUUAGUGAUCUUGUUGAAGAGGAGGCUGCAGACUUGCAAUUCCCUAAAGACUGGCUGUGUGUGGUGGGGCAGGACACCACUAUGACAUCUUCUGUGUGUUAUGUAUGUUCUUCAAUCCUGCGUGAACCAUUCAUAUGUUGUGCCGAUUGUAGUAUUGCUGUGGAGAUUUGUUCAUCGUGCUUUGCAAUUGGUGCUGAGCUUGACCCUCAUAAAAACUGUCAUCAAUACAUUGUUGUGAAAAGUGAGUUCCCUUUAUAUGAGGGAUCAACAUGGACAGCAAAUGAAGAACUUGAAUUACUGGAUGCGUUAUUCAAAUGUGGGUUUGGAAAUUGGAAUGAUAUUUCUCAUUAUGUGCAUACUCGAUCAGCACAAGAAUGUGAGAAACAUUAUGUAACAUUCUACAUUGAUAACCCUGCACCUGAGCUGCCAAAAUUUAACAAUGACAUCCAUACAAUAACCUCAGAACCACCCUUUGAUUAUCGACCUUUGGAAACAGAGCUACCCCCUCGUUAUUUGCCUGGUUCUAGUAGCUAUCGAGCUCUUGGUGGGUAUAAUGCGGCAAGAGGUGACUUUGAUGUUGAAUAUGAUAACUAUGCAGAGACAACCGUCUCACAACUUGAUGUCAGUACAUUUGAACCAGAUGACCCAUAUUAUGAGAUUGGAACUGCUCUACAGACAGCGAUAGUGAGCAUGUACAAUGUGCGCCUGAAGGAGAGAGAAAGACGAAAACGCGUGGUCCGAGACCACGGUAUAAUUGCUGUUCGGAAGAUUUUCUCAUGGCUGCACCGUUUCGAAACCACUGUGACACGAACGAUUGCCGAACGACUGCUGUUAUUUAUGCAGUUGAUGUCUGGUAUUGAUUUUGAUUAUAUAAUGGAAGGAUUGCAUCAUGCAGGCAAGCUGAAGCAGUACAUUCUUCGCCUACAAGGACUCCGGGAGAAUGGCAUCACUCGUUUUCACAGCUGCCGUUUAUUUCAGAAACUGCUUCGUAUCAGAGAGUCACAUCGCAAAGAACGACGACUGUUACAUUCUUCUGCCUGCUGGCGUACUGUCAACAAUUCAGUGCCAUCCCUCAGCCCAGCUGUUAAAACAUUUCCUAGUGUUAUGAGACGGCCUCCUCCGCCACUUGACAUAGUUGGUCUGCCAGGCUAUGAACGGCUGUCACCAGAAGAACGUCAACUCUGCUCUGCCACAAGGCUUGUUCCUGAGUCAUACUUGGAGUUUCAGCGGAUUCUUGUAGCAGAAUGUAAACGUAACUCAGGCCUGAAACUAGCCGAGGCAAGAACACUCAUCAAGAUUGAUGUGAACAAAACAAGGAAGGUGUAUGAUUUCUUACCCUUCUGUCUUGGUUUCAGUUUGCUGAUGCAGAAGAAAUUACACAAGUUUGAGCUUGCGUCCCUUGCAAACCUGUGUCCUGAAACUCCAGAGGAGGCGAAGGCUCUUAUACCUAGCUUGGAAGGGAGGUUUGAGGAUGAGGAAUUGAGACAAAUCCUUGAUGACAUACAGACAAAACGGAGUUUGCAGUAUUGAGUUCAAAUUAUGAGAGCUGAUAUUUAAUUGUAUAUUCAGGACACAGUAUUUUGGUUGCCUCAGGCAUUGUAAAGUGACCGAGUACCAGAGAUUAAUAUAAAAUGAAAAUUUCAGGCUUCUCUCGAUCUGUAAAUGGACAUAAAGCAUGUUUACUUGCAAGUGCUAGUGUCUGGAUGCUGUAGCGUUGUCUCUUGCGACAAAUUUUUUUACCUCCUGCCGAGUUUAUGUUCAUUACAGUGCGACAAAGCACAAAGUUAUGGCAUGGAAACAAAUAUUUUGUUUCCUUUUAGAAACUCGCUCUUGGAAUAAAAUAUUAAGCUGCAUGACAGCUUGAGUGUGUUACGCUAAGCCUUAUGGAAGAAAGAUCUACAGUGUGUCCCAGAAAGAUGUAUACACAUUCAAUUAAUUAAAUAAAGACAUUUUAAUACA